AGCCAUCUGAUGGCCCAGCCUGAAAGCAAAGAUGAACACAAAGGUGGCACAUUCUUAGCAUACACGCCAAUAAAAGCAAGCGGUUGAAACGGCGCCCCCAAUUGAGCACGACAAAUGCGUGAGUAUAAGUCUAUAUCGCACAGUCUCUAGCGAUGGCCACAAGCGAGAGCUGCAAGCACUUCAGGGAGCUGGUCGUUGCACAACGUUCCGGGCUGCUCCACAUACACUUUCAGCGGCGCUGGCAACGCCGAACCCUCUACGAGCUGAUGCGCGCCCUGGACCUGGCUAGUGCAGACGCCGCCAUUAAGCUGGUUGUGCUCUCAGGCGAGUUUUCUGCGGCUUGUGGCGGUGAGACGGAACCGCUGGCUCUAACACAGGGUCAGGAAAAGAGGAGCAGGCGAACGGCUGCCCAGGAGAAAGCUGUGGGCAGUAGGGAUUCCGAGGAGCAGUACAUCCACGAGAAGGCGGCCAACUUUGUGAUGCGCUCGCUGGCCAAGAAGCUGCUUGUGCACCGUAAGCUCCUAGUGGCUUUUGUGGAGAACCAGUGCGUCGGUCUCGGCCUGAGCGUGUGCAGUCUGUGCGAUCUGGUCUUCGCAACGGAGUCAUCUGCCUUUGUGCCCGCUUUCUCGCACUUGGAUCCCUGCACCAAGGUGGGCCCCGGCUGGACUGUGCCACACAUCCACUGGCUGCUUCGUUUGGGCGAUCAAGCGAGCUCCAGCACUGCCCUCCAGUGUGGCUUUGUGGCCGGUGUGGUGAGGGAGCCGCAGGAGUUUUGGCACCGCGUGGACCAAUACUUGCGCUUGCCCUCCGCCUCCUUGUUGGCAACAAAGCGUCUCCUGCUUCGACCGUGGCAGGACUCCCUCUUGACCGAUCUGCGUGAGGAGGGCACCCCGAUGGCAGCUCAGCGACGCCACCUGGCCAGAUCCUCGUUGUAGGGUCGCAUUCCCAAAAGCCUUUGACUCGAUUAAGUAAAUAAAUAGCAAUAGCAUAUGUAUGCACAGAG